AUGCCGCGGAAUUCAGGCAUUCAAGUCACUCUUCUCCGAAGACAACGCGAGAGCCCUGGAUCCUGCUCACGCGAUUGCAGACCGAGGGUAAAUGACCUGGUCGAAAGAAAUGGAGUCGGGAAUCGGAAUCUCUUCGGAGAACUUUUCAAGCAACCAGCAAAUGCAGGAAAAGCUCCCGAAGAACGACCCUCAAAGCGGCGGAAGGUUGCGCAAGAGCCUCAAGAGCUUGACGAUAUUCCAUGUCCUUUCGUACCGCUCCUCAACGGCGACGAAUCCGAAGAGUCCGUCCAGUUAAGAUACCAAACCUACGAACAAUUAUGGUCCACAAGGGAGGCGAAGAUCCAGGAAAUACUGAAUGAUGUUGAUGCCGAAGUCCUUGAGAACGUAUCCUCAUUUGUUAAAACAGCUUCGCCUGAGACUUAUGGGGGCUGUAUUCCAGCCGCGCUUCUUACCGUCGGAUCGAAUGUUUCCUCUCUUGCCAGACUUCUCUCCCGGCUCAACGAUCAACUCAUCUUGACCGGCGAAGGUGGUGUGGUAGUGCUAGAAUCUGGCGAUGCGCCCAACCUCAAGACGACGCUGAAGAACAUUAUACGUGCUGCUAUCAUCAACACGGAGGGAAACGAUGGCUAUCAACGCUUUCUUACAGACCGGGAGGGCCCGAGACUUCUUGCAUACGACCUUGACCUCCUGGGUGAAUAUGUUACGCAAAAAGGCGUCAAGCAUCUUGUGCUAGCUUUCCGAGAUAGCGAAGCAUUUGAUCCGGGAAUUCUCACAGAUUUGUUUUUCUUGCUCAGUUCGUGGCACGAUCGAAUACCUCUGACUCUGUUAUUCGGUAUUUCAACCUCAGUUGAGCUCUUUGAGGCCAGAUUACCACGGUCAAGUAUUGCGCUCCUCAAAGGGAGAUUUUUCGAACUCCACGAGGCUAGUAACUGCGUGGAUCAUAUAUACGAGAGAAUACAGGCGGAAGGCGGGAAAUUAUGGCUUGGACGCGGUCUCACGGGUGUCUUGUUCGAGAAGUCAAGUGAUUAUUUUCAGACUCCGGAGUCAUUUUGUCGAACAGUCAAGUACGCCUACAUGUCUCAUUUCUUUGCCAAUCCCAUUUCUGUUCUUCUUGCGGGCGAUAUCCCAGCAACGAUCAAUAAUGGCAAGCUGUGCGAGGCGAUUCGGAACGUGCCAUCCUUCAGGAACUACUGUGAAACUCUGGUGGAAGACGGCCAGACACAAGAAGUGCGCAAUCUACUAGGGGAUGAUGCUUACCUCUUCGCCCAAGCGAUUAAGCUUGCCAAGUCUGGGCAGCAGUCCAUGCAGGACAUAUUCCAGACAGUGAAAUUCAUCUCGUUGCUUCUCAAAGAUCUCAACAUCGCCAAGAAAGUGAGUAUAUCGGAGCUAUCCAUCCGUGCGCUCUCUGGAGAACUACAUGACUCGCCUAUACUCGAAGACACCCUUGCAGCUCUGAAACGAUUAGACUCCACUAAGAUCGAAGCCCUGAUACCCUAUUUUCCUGAAUCCGUGACGAACCUUCCUGAAUUUCAAAGUAUACGAAACGACUUCAACGCUCUGAUACAGGCCCAUAAAGGCCCCGAGCCUCUACGAAGCGAAUACGACAGCCAGAAUGCCGUCAUUGGAACAACUAUUGUUCAGCAACGAGUCAAGCUCAACAAGGGCAAAGCAAAUUUGCCCGAGGAGUACCUCAAAUAUACAAAUAUAAUUGACCGCGCGCAUACCCUUCUGUCGGCAUAUUUCGAAACCACUUUGCGGAAACCGCAGGAUCUCCCGCUUCACGAGGCUUUCCUAUUCGACGCGCGAAAUCCCAUCAAAGAGGUCUUUGCUCCGCGGCCGCGGUUCGCCACUGAACGCGCAUUGUCAAAUCCGUUUGAUUACUUGAUAUCCUCGUCACAGAGCCCGGAGGGGAAGAUUUCGUCGAAACAGCCCCCGACGUCGAUUUUAUAUAAGCUUUAUCUCGAGUCUGGAGCAUUGGUCAAUAUUCACGACUUGUGGCAGGCGUUCCAUGCCGUCUUUGAAAGCGAAGAGGGUGACCAGUGUGAUGAGAGAAUGACGAUGGCGCUGUUCUAUAGAGCAAUAUCGGAGCUCAGGGCACUUGGAAUGCUCAAGCAUAGUCGGAAGAAGAUGGAUCACGCUGCAAAGUCGGCUUGGAUGGGAUUAUGA